AUGCCGUCCCCAAUCCCCCGCCUCCUCCCACCAAUCUUCUCAAUCUUCGACUCAGGCCUCGCCGAAACAGCAAACCUCCCCCUCUUCUACCUCUCCCACGACGCCGAACCCUCCGAGACAGACAACGCAAUCGGCAUCAACAUCCACGCGGGCCCCUUCUCCACCGCGCCCAUCAUCGCGCACCUCACCCACCGUCUCGUCAGCCUGCCGGGCUAG